AACUUCAGCUCGCCAUGCGAUGGCUUCCCCAAUAUGGACGGCAUCAUGCUCGUCAUGAAGACGGGCGCCACCGAGGCCUUUGACAAGCUGCCCACGCAGUUGCUCACCGGCCUGCAGUGCAUUGACGACUUUCUUAUCUUUUCAGACCUGGAGCAGCAGAUUGGCAAGUACCACAUCUACGAUUCCCUCGACCGCGUCGACGACAAGAUCAAGGAAAAGUACAAGGAGUUCCAGCUCUACCAGGCGCAGCAGGAAUGCCCCGUCUCGCAAAAGGACUGCACCACCGGCAUGGACGGCGGCUGGGAGCUGGAUAAGUUCAAGUUCGUCAACAUGGUGGUCCGCGCCUGGGAACUGCGCCCCGACCAGGACUGGUACGUCUUCGCCGAGGCCGACACCUACGUCGUCUGGCCCACGCUGGUGCACUGGCUGCGCAACAAGGUCAACCCGCGCGACAACGUCUACGUCGGCAGCGUGGCCAUGAUCGCCGGCUUCCCCUUUGCCCACGGCGGCAGCGGCUACGUCGUGUCCGGCGCCCUCAUGCGCAAGAUGGCCCAGAUCCCCGACAUUACAAAGUACGACGAGAAGGCGGGAGAGGAGUGCUGCGGCGACGUCGUCUUCGCCAGGGUCGCCAAGGAGGUGGGAACCAAGGUCAUGAACGCACACCCAAUGUUCAACGGCGAGAAGCCCAACACGCUGCCCUAUGGCCCAGGCCACUGGUGUGAGCCUCUCCUUACCAUGCACCACAUGAACUCGGAGGAAAUCAGCGCCGUGUGGCAGUAUCAGCAGACACGCACCAAGAAGGACUUUAUGCAAAUUCGAGAAAUGUACUACGCUUUCUUCGCUCCCAAAAUGGUCGCCUACCGAAAGGACUGGGACAACCUGUCAGACGACACUUGCUACAUUGCUCCGGAUGAAGAGAGUCAGAAAAAGGCCACUGGUCAACAGAGAGACCGGCAGGUCAAGGAGGCGGACAAGAACGUGGUCCAAAAGUAUGCGCACAACUCGCCAGCCGCCUGCGCCAAGGUCUGCGAGGCCGAGGGACUCGACAUCCCCGCCGACGAGUACGAGAAGCUGGAGACGGAGACGGAUCGCGGCAAGCUGAUCCGGGCCAAGUACGACGAGAUCGCCAGCGGAAACUUUGCGACCAAGAAGGACCGCAAAUGCUUCCAGUGGCGGUACCAGAAGAACGUGUGCUGCACGAGCAGGAGCUUCAAGCUCGGCAAGCCCAAGAGGGAGAAGAAUGACGCAGACAAGUGGACGAGCGGGUGGUUCGUCCGGGGCAUCAACGACUGGAUCGAGGCAAGGGGCGAGUGUCCCGUUGAAUGGAAGAACCCUCACUAA